CUAUGAGAUUGCAUUUGGUCAGUCAUCUUCCCCAAGCAUUGAGAGAUGCUUCAAUCCGCUCAAAAUAAGGGGGUCCAGGGAUGAGAUUAAGAGAAGUUGCUACAGAUCCCACUUCAAUCAACAUUUGAAAAUCAGAGUCAACAUCAUGACUUGUCCCUGGGAGUGAUUUUAUUUUCAUUUUCAUCCUUUCACUACAGCAAUGUGGCAGCAUUUUCCGGCAGGAGAUUGAUGCAAAGGGAUAAGACUCUAACUAUGUCUCCAUGGGGUAAAUCAGGAGUAACUCCACUGAAGCCAAAAGUGAUACACUUGAGGAAAACUGAUAGCUCCCAGGACAAGGAGAUGAUCCUUAAUGUUCUCAGCAUUCUCACAGGCCUUCUCUCCAUUGGAACAGACCGACGAAUUCACUACAUGAUCAGCAAAGGGGGGAGUGAAGCUUUGUUGCAGGCUCUGAUGAAUGCUGCAGAGACAGCUCAGCCAGACUACAGCAUUCUUUUACCUCUGCUUCGCCUAUUGGCUAAAGUAGGCCAAAGAGACAGGAAGUUUGGGCUGAAAGUGCAGAAUCUGGAGGCCAUUGAUGUGACACUGAGCUUGGCGAGGAAAAAUCUGACUCACCAUCUGAAUCUCAUUCACUGUCUCUGGGUCCUGCGGGUUUACGCUUCUACUAUUUCUGCGGGAACCAAGCUGGGCAUUAAUGGAGCCAUGGAGUUGCUUUUCAAAGUCAUCACUCCGUACACCAAGAAACACACCAGAACAGUCAGGGCUGCCAUUGAGGUUCUAGCAGCUUUGCUGAAAUCAAAGUCUAACAGCCGACGAGCAGUCAACAGAGGCUAUCUGUGUGAAUUGCUCAGACUGUACCAGGACUGGCAUCGCUGCGACACCUCCAAUAGGUGCAUCCAUGUCCGCAGGGGUCUUCUGCUCUGCCUCAAACACAUCACCAACAUUCAGUCUGCCAGGGAGAUUUUCCUAAGUGCCCAUGGCAUGGAGAUCCUCUUCACCACUGCACAGGAUUGCCUGGAUAGCAAGCCCCUGGAUCCAAUAGUAACUACAGUGGCCCAGAUCCUGAGGAAGUGCUACCCCAAGAGGCCUCUGCCUCUGGCUACAUUAUGCAGUUCCUAUUCCUUCUCUCUUCCCGGAAGUGUCAGCUCUGAAUCUUCACAAAUACUGCCUGAAGAUGACUAUGACGAUGAUGUAGAGGAAGUGGAAAAAGACCUGCAUAGUGAUGAUCUGGAGCACAAAGAGGAAGACGAUGAUUUGGAGACAGAUGUGAGCAAACUGAACUCAAAGCCAGGUCUUGACAGGCCAGAAGAGGAGCUUGAGCAGUAUGAGACAAUGUGUCCUGAACUUUCCCUUACCCUCCAGGAACUGGAAACAGAGUCUGAAGAUAAGAACGGCUCUGAAGAUGUGCCUGGGAACCUGCCAGGCCCUUACCCCCAAGUCAUUCCAAAUGCUGCUUUUAGGAAGCAGCAGCAUUGCAGACACAUAGACCAAAGUGCCAUGGGGCCAGACACAAGGGAAACAGCUUUCAAGACUCCAGUGCAGAGCUGGGAAAAGAAGGGGAACUGCACGUCUCCAGGCCUUGAAAAGCGAGCGAUGGGAGAAUCAGUCCAAGAUGCAGACACUCUUGGUGAAAGAGACGAUCUAUGCAGGAGUCAUGCAUCCACUCUGCAUCCUCUCCUAAAAGAAGCCUCUUGGGACCCAAGAACAUUUCGCACUCACUGUGGAAGCUAUUUCAGCCCCAGCUCCGUGAGGGGAGUGGGAGCCUCAGACAUUGUGAAAAAGCUUCUGGAGAGACACCAAGGGGAUAUCCCAUCGCACAGCCCUCACUUCUACAUGGCCAGGGCUGGAAGCACCAAGUCCAUUUUGGAUUACAGAGUUUUGGCGUUCCCUGAUUUCUGGGGUCACCAGCCCCCUCCUCAUUACCAAUCCCUGCUGGAACGGAAAUAUGGAGUACAAAGGGCCAAAAUAUUUGAGGAUGUUUGUCGUCUAAUCCAGCCAGGUGAUGUGAUAGACAAAGUUGUCUUUGAUGUAGAUGGGUGCAGCCCCUCAGACACAGAUGCUCCGGAUUGUCUUAGAUUCUUCUCUAAAUUUGAAUCAGGAAACCUCCGCAAAGCUAUCCAAGUGCGCAAAUUUGAAUAUGAUUUGAUUCUGAAUGCCGAUGUGAACACCAUCCAGCACCACCAGUGGUUUUACUUUGAGGUCAGUGCCAUGAAGCCAGUCGUUCCCUACCGCUUUAACAUCAUCAACUGUGAGAAGGUCAACAGCCAGUUUAAUUAUGGCAUGCAGCCGGUCAUGUAUUCAGUAAAGGAAGCUCUCCAGGGCAAGCCUCACUGGAUUCGAGUGGGCUAUGAUAUCUGUUAUUACAAAAACCAUUACCAACGUAGUGCAGCUGCAGCAGGAGGCGCACGAGGGAAAUCCUACUACACACUCACCUUUACCAUCAAAUUCCCUCAUGGGGAGGAUGUCUGUUAUCUGGCCUACCAUUACCCUUACACGUACUCUGCACUGAUGUCCUACCUUGAUAUCGUGGAAGAAACAAGGGACCCCAAGAAGGUCUACUACAGGCAGCAGACCCUGUGCCAGACUCUGGGAGGAAACCCAUGCCCACUGCUCACCAUCACUGCUAUGCCAGAGUCCAACAGCAGUAUUGACCUGGAGCAGUUAAGCCAUCGUCCUUAUGUGGUGCUCAUGGCACGUGUUCACCCUGGAGAAAGCAAUGCAAGCUGGGUAAUGAAGGGGACCAUGGACUUUCUCAUGGGCAGCGACCCUAUUGCUGAGCUCCUGAGGAAAUGUUUCAUUUUCAAAAUCAUCCCCAUGCUCAAUCCCGAUGGAGUCAUUAAUGGCAACUACACCAGACUAACACGGCUACAUCAGGCAAGGCGGGGGCUGCAACUGGCCCUCGGGCCUGAGGUUCCCCACCCCUGACCUACAGAAUAUAAUUUUC